AACCAUUACACUUCCGGUAUAGCUGACAUUAGUUCAAAUUUGGACAUUUCUGAAAUAUGCCCCCUAAAAAGAAAAAGGGAGGUAAGAAGAAGGGCAAAGGAAAGAAAGGAGGUGCUACACCUGCAGGUGGGGAAGAAGUACCUCCAACAGAAAAGGAAGUAUUACUUAAACAAGAACUUGACAACUUGACAGAGGAGCUAGAAAGAGUAAAGAAAAAAGUGGAUGAAAUGCGCCAAGAAAAUGAAUGGCUGCAACAGGAAGCACACAAAGUCAGAGUGGAAAGCCAUGAGUACAUGAACUACAUGCAGAAGAAGACCAGUAAGAGGCAGUCUCUGAUCAUCUCCCUCAGUGAUCAGAACCAGCAGGAGAUUCAGAACAUCCUGGAACAGAAAGCUAACAUGCUGCAAGAGUAUGAAGAGAAGAAGGCAGGUUUAAGAUCAAUACUCAUGGAAAAAGAAAACUUGCUGUCCAAGACCAAACAAGAGCUGGAGGAUUUACAAGAAUACAAGAACUUACAAAAAGACCAGCUGUCAAAGAUUAAGGAGCUGGAGAAAGAGGUGCAGAAAAUGAGAGGGGUGCACUCUGACACCAUACAGAAGCUGAAGUCCGAGUUCCUCAAAGACAAGCGUGAAUUUAACCAAGACUCCCAGAACAGAAUAUCUUCCCUGAAGGCACAGGCAGACAAGGAAGCCCUGCAGUGCCUGAACGAACACACCAAAAGGAUUAAAGAGGAGAACAGAGAACUGCGUAAAAAACUUUUCAGACUCAUUCAGAAAACGCGGGCUCUGCACGAGCACAAGAAACAGUUAGAGGAACAGAAAAAGGAACUGUUACGAGAACAGCAGUAUGCUAGGGACUUGAAGAAACUACGACAGACACGUCAGCACAAGGUGCUGCAGUCGUUUGGUUUGUUGGAGGAGAGGGAGGAGAGUUCUGAAGACCCAGAACUGCUGCAGACACCCUCCACUAGAGGGUAGGGCAGUGCAUUAGACAAGACAAGCUGGUGGUAACAGCUAGCCACAAG